CGGGAACGACGACCUCUCCAACAUGGCCGCCCGGAGGCACGUUGGUUAGCGGAGAUGCUACCGCGCGCUGGUGUCUCUAGCUUUCAUAUCUCGGGACGACACCCGCCUCAGUUGUAACCACACGCGGUUCCAUUUGCGGCGCUAACGAUGUCCCGAAUUUGUUCCGAACCUGCUGAAUACUCGCCACUGUGAGCCCAUUACUACUUUACUGGACAUUCGCCCAAUCUUCGCGUUCGGCUGAAGUCGUAAGUCGACUUCGGCGCGCGUUGAAAGUCCCCGGCCUAGCUUAGCUUAGCAUGCUAACAAAGAGAUGCGUUUCCGAUCAAUACUUCGCCAAGCAGCGAUCAAGUAGCGUGAAGUGUUGUGGAAAAUGUGUGCGAGGAGGACAGCAGAGUACAAGCAGCAACUUUGGAAACCCAACUCCCGUCAACUCCCGGACGCUGUUUUCAAUGUGCGGCCUCAAACUGUGCUACACAGAGCAGACAUCAGUGAAGAUCUUUGUCCUGAGCGCCAGGAGCCAGAGAACCAUCACAUUAAAGAGGAAGUAGAGGAGGAAGAGGUCCCCCACAUCAAAGAGGAAGAGGAAUCGCAGCCCCCUUACAUGAAAAAAGAGGAGGAAGAGUGCCCCCACAUCGAAGAGGAAGAUGAGUCGCAGCCCCCUUACAUGAAAAAAGAGGAGGAAGAGCACCCCCACAUCAAAGAGGAAGAGGAGUUGCAGCCCACACACAUGAAAAAAGAGGGCGACGAAGAGUGCCCCCUCAUCAAAAAGGGAGAAAAGGAGGGUAUCACCAAGUUUCCAACGACUGGUGUCUCUUUGAAGAGUGAAGAUGAAGGUCAAAAUGAGGAGCCUCCAAGCCGCGGCUCAAGUCAACACAUGACAACCGAAGGUGAUGGAGACCACUGUGGAGGAUCACAAGCAGACGGCCUCUUAGCUCCACUAUCAGAUAAUGACGACAUGACGUCACACUCUUCUGACUAUGAUGAUAAUAAACAGUCUGAAGGUCAUAUGACUUGUCACACUGACAACAAACGAUGGAAAUGUUCUCAGUGUGGCAAAACCUUUGCUUGUAAGAGCAGCUUGAAACAACACAUGAGAAUACACACUGGAGAAAAACCUUUUACCUGCUCAGAUUGUGGUCAAAGUUUCACUCGGAAGGGAGACUUAAAAAUACACACAAGAACACACACUGGAGAGAAACCCUUUGCCUGCUCGGUUUGUGGUCAAAGGUUCACUCGGAAGGGAGACUUAAAAAUACACACAAGAACCCACACUGGAGAGAAACCCUUUGCCUGCUCCGUUUGUGAUGAAAGAUUCUCCAGAAAGGGAAGCUUAAAAAUACACACAAGAACCCACACUGGUGAUAAACCUUUUGCAUGCUCAGUUUGUAGUAAAACAUUCUCAUAUAUGGCAAACCUAAAAAUACACACGAGAACGCACACUGGUGAGAAACCUUCUGCCUGCUCAGUUUGUGGUAAAAGAUUCACUCAGAACAGUGAUUUAAAAAAACACACAAGCACGCAUACUGGAGAGAAACCUUUUGCCUGUUCAGUUUGCAGUAAAAGAUUCACGCAGAGCAGUGACUUAAAAAAACACACAAGAACCCAUACUGGAGAGAAACCUUUUGCCUGCUCAGUUUGCGGUCAAAGAUUUCCCGUAAACGCAAGCUUAAAAAGACACACAAGAACCCACACUGGUGAUAAAACUUUUGCCUGCGCCGUUUGUGGUCAAAGAUUCUCUCAUACAGAUGGGGCGAAAACCCAAGUGUGCUGGUGAGAAUCACAGUGAUCAAGAGGCUAUAAAUGAUUAAUUUGAUUAGCUUUUAUUAACGGAAUAAUUUCAGAAAACCAACCAAGGAUGAAGCCAACUGAAAAGGCAUAGGGUGAAUCCAUGGCUUAUUAUGCCUACGCCCAGCAUUAAUUUGUUUAGUACCAAAAUAAUUAGAGAUCAUUUAUAUCAAACUAGUUUUUCAAUGUGUUUCGUUCAUUUUCCACAGUAUUCAGAAGCUGUUGCGGGUUUUUUGUCGGAGCAGUAGAAAGUUGUAUCAUCAGCAAAUAAAACACAUUUGAGUACUUUGGAGACUGCAGAUAUCGUCACUAUAGAAUAAGAAUAAUGUAGGGCUUAAUACAGAGCCUUGGGGAACCCAAUAAGUGACUUUUAAUUGUUUGGAUUUUUGUGUUGUUAAAUUGCACGUAUAGAUUAAGAGCAUCCAAAGAAUGUUUCAUCCACUUAUGUGCCAACCCUCUUAUACCAUAUCCUUCUAAUUUUUCCAUUAAUAUACUAUGAUCAAGAGUGUCAACGUUUUUAGCUGUAUAAAAAAAAAUAACACCAAAUUCUUUAUCUAUACUCGUAGAUAUCCCUCCCACAAAUUCCAUUACUGCCAUUGAGGUUGGUGCUUUUCGCUCUAAAGCUUUAUUAAUUUUCACUUAGAAGAUUGUGUUUCUUGAUAAAUAUGUCAAAUCUUUGUGAAUAAAAAUGAUUACGAACAGUGGAAGUAAAGAUGUUGGGUUAUAGUUAGCAAAUUGAUGUUUUACUCCACUUCUAUAGACAGGAAUUGCUUUGGCUUAAAAAAUAGCGGUUUGAAAAGAGAUUAUAGAUGUCUAUGAAUUGUUGAAAUAUGUUGUCUAUAAUACUUUUUAAUGGUGCCCUAUCAAUAUCAAAUCAAUCAGUGGUUUUGGGAGUUUUUACAAUAGCUAGUAUUUGAUCAUUUACAGCAUUAAUCAACAUAGACGAUGUUUUUUUUAAUACACUAUAUUUCUUGGCCCUGGAAUUUCUGCUGCUAGGUCACAUUCAGUAUGGACAAAGAAGUUGUUAAAUUCAUGACAUUUUUUCAGACAACAACACUUUUAUCUUUUAUAAAAUCUUCUGCAGCAUGGUGAUGACUGGUUAGCACAUCCGCCUCACAGUUUUGAGGACCCGGGUUCAAAUCCGGCAUACACAAAUCAUCAUCAGCAUAGCUGCGACCCCAGUGAGCAUAAGCGAUGUAGAAAAUGAAUAAAAUAUUCUGGAUAUUACUUUUUUUUUGGAACCGUUUUUUGAUGACACUGUUUAAUACCCUCCAGAUUUCUUCUAUAUUGCUCUUGUUUUGUCCCAGUAGUGUGUGAUAAUGUUCUUUCUUACUUGUUCUUAUCAUAUGUACUCAUUUAUCUGUACAUUUUGUACUUCAUUUCAGCAUCUUUUGUCUUUAACUAUCAAUGUUUUAUGUAAAGUAUUUUUCGUUUUGCACGCAUCUUGUAUCCCUUUCAUAAUACUGUACAUGGCUUUUCAAAACAACAACUGUUUCCCGGUAACUUUUUUAAAAUUGUGACCGUUAAUGUUAUAAUUAUUAUAUUCGUUGCGUUUAACAUAUUUUUUUCAAGAGUUAAACAUUUCUCUGCAUUUUCUCUGGUGUCCCAUUCAUAAUGACAUUACAAUUAUAUUGAAUUUAUUCAGGUAGUCUUUAAUUUGAGUGAAAUCUUUAUACAGGCUGCUACUAUUUAAUUGUAUGACAGAGAAUGCAUUUCCCAUUUUUGUUUAUUUGUAUAAUAUGAAAAGUAAAUAGCAUCAUACAGAUUUACAAAAA